AUGGCAAUCACUAGGAAGGCCACAGCUCCCAGGCGCUCUACGCGAGAGGCUUCUUCUGGAGGGAAGGUCUUUGAGGUCGCCGAGAUCCUGGCGCGAUCUCUCGAGCAAGAGCCUAAUGAGCAAGGUCGCCCGGAGUACUUCUACAUCGUGCGCUGGGAUGGCUAUGGCCCCAGAGAUGACACGUGGGAGCCGCGCUCAAAUGUGAUGGUGGGAUCGUCCCGUCUCGUGCAGGAGUUCGACGCUAAGCCGCACCCGGUCAAGCUCCUUGGUUGGCGCGAGGGAGACAAGGGUCCUGAGCACCUCGUCCGCUUUGGACAGAACAGGCCUCGUUUGCAACCGUCACCCCUGUAUGAGGAAGUCUGGCUUACUCGUGCCGGAAUGCGUGCGCAUAAUGUCAGCCGCGACGUCCUGGACAAGGCAAAGAAGAGGGAGGAAACCGGCGAGGGUCGGGUAAAGCAUGAGAUCCCGAAGAAGGAGGAGGAUGAAGGCAUCGAGGUCGAGGUCGAGGCUGAGGACGUCCAGCCCGAUGCUCUGCAAGAGGCUGAGGAUGAAGCAAAGGCAGAGGACGCCAAAGACGACGAGCACGCUGAGGGCACUGGGGAGAAUGGAGACGAGGCAGAGGAUGCCUACGACGCCGCAAGCAACCACAGCAACGAAGGCGUCGAGAUCAUCGGCUUGCGACGAGACAAGUAUCAGAAGAAAGGAAUACACCGAAAGAGGAACGUGUAUCUUGUGCGACUGGGCUACGACGGAAUGAUAGAAGAGGAGGCUUGGUACACGGCGGCCGAGCUCAAUCGGCGCAUAGGAAGAAGUUGCGAUGAGAACGACUAUGAGGUUGAGCGUCUGAAGCAAAUAGCAGAGAACAAGGCGCUGCUGGAGCAGCUCGGGCUUACAGGCCUGUAG